GUGUUUCCCUUGCUUCUCGCCUUGUCUCAGAGGUAAGGGGCAGUUUCUUGCAGAGGAUGCUGGCGUGGUUAGGCUGCAGCUCUGGUCGGACAAGUUAGCAGGAUUACACUGACUGGAGCGAUCUUCAGGGCUUCUUCAUCUUGCAAAAUCCGACAACAGAUCUGGAGAAAAAUUAUUUUUUGCAUAACUGAAAACACAUGUGAAACACCUUUCCCCCCCACCCCACCCCACUUAAUUGCAUCCACCCCUAGUCUUGUGCGCCUUUAAGCGCCCAGCGGAGCGACAGAUGUGUCCUCUCCGUCGCAUCAUGUGGAUUAUUCUGGGGGUUUUUUUGGCAGCUGGCGGCACCGAUGGGAGCUGGGGGUGUCAGUUACCCCACGACUGGAGACCGCAGACGGAAGCGUGUCGCGCUGAGCUGGCGGAGAUCAUCGUCUUUGCCAAGGUGCUGGCUCUGCACAAAGAGUCCUACAGCGUGUACAACUACCUGCCGUGGCAGCACGACACCGACCUGCUCUUCUCCGCAGAGAUCGAGCUGCUGUGCGACCAGUCCUGGGGCAGCAUGCUGGAGGUCCCCGCCGGCUCCAGGUUCAACGUCAGUGGCCUGGGAUACUUGCCUUGCUUCUCCUACAGCGUCACCGAAAACAACAACUACUACUUCUUUCUAAGGAUGGAUGAAAACUACAACAUUAUUCCACAUGGAGUUAAUUUCCAGGACCCCAUCUUCCCCGACACUCCAGAGAACCACCGCAUGUUUGCCAGCCUCUUCCAGUUCUCCAACUGCACACCAGGAACUCAAGUCCACAGCUUCACUCCAGAGUGGGAGGCUCAAGAGGACAGCCGGCUGCUGUGCUCCACAGUUCAGAAAGCUCUGUUUGAGGAGGAGGAGCGAGUGAGGACUCUCUCCCACAGAGUGCGUACUCUGGAGAAAGCCAAUGGCCACCUGAAGGAAAAGGUGAAGACCCUGAAACGUCUCCUGCAUCUGGCCCAACGAGAAACCACGAAGGAGCAGCAAAUUCUCAGCCUUAAACAGCUCCACGAGUCAAAGGCGGCCCAAACUCACCCUGACCAGGACACUACCGAGGAUCAAAAGAACCAGGAACUUAAAAAAGUCCCGCCCAAGAAGCUAAAAACCAAAUAGGUGCUCCUUUGUUAAGUAGCAGCAGAAACAGCCAUUUCAUUGUCUUCAGUGAUAAAUCACGCAAUAUGCCUUUUGAUGACUUUUCUCUCUCUCUGUCUCUCUCUCUCUGUCUUAGUGCUGGACACGUCAUUCAUGCAUUGUAUCAAUAUUAUGAUCUUGCCUAUGAAAUGCAGAACAUGACUAAUGUGUUAAUUGUGAACACUAAAAAGAUUGAGAUAUGUGGCUUGAAUGGUGCUGCCUCAUAACUCAAGAUGCUUUGCGUUGUUUUAGUUAAGCAGGUCUGUUUAACGCUUUUCCACAGAGCAAAUCUCCAGGACAAGGCCAAGUGGUGGGAGUGUUUGGAUAAAAAUGUCGUAAUGCUAUAAACAUGUACAGUCCAUUUUUUUUUUUUUAUGAGACAUUGAUGAAGAAAAGUUUCUUCUGUUCCAUUCUUUUCAUUGUCGUUAUUAUUCAAAGUUAAACCAACAUGUUUAUAUGUUUGUAUUUUUUUUACAUCUGAAUUUGCCACCUUUGGCUUGCCAUAGCUAAAAUCACAACACAUUACUUCUCUCAAUAAAUCACUUUUAAGUGAUUUUUUUUUUCUUUUGUCUGCGUUUGUUUUGUAUUUGGUGCGGAGCAUCAUUUGUGGUGUAAGGUUGAUUUAUUGCGUGUCAGAGAUGAAGGUUGCCUUUAUGAAGCAUUCUGUGAUUGCUUUGGUUUUUGCUCUGUUUCAUUUAUACCCCUAAGCGUCUUGCUUUUCCGGUGCUGUAAUAUCUUUUUUUAUAUAAAUAAUGCAGCUUUGAAAAAAUAAAAUCAAAUAAAUUAUCUUUUUCAAAACAGUUA